UGGUAACUGAAUAGCCAGUGUAAUCUGACACUUCAACUUGCCGUGCUCUACGGUAGUUGAUUCAGUCAGUCACUCACACCGUCUCCGGGGCUCUCGCAUCGUCUUUGUGAAGUGGAGCGAGCGAGAGAGAGGAGCACCGUAAACACGAGGUUUGGAGAAACAAUACGCGGAUUUGCCACUGAGGUCCUAGCUGAAAAUCACCGCUUAAGGAGGGGUCAGUGAGGGACCGUGCGUGAGGAAUACAUGAAGGGCAGGGUGGGGGAGGGUGCGGCGACCACAGCAGCAGUACCACCAAGGUCAAAGUUCACACAGACUCGCUCUGUGAUUGAUGAGGAUUAAGAAACCGAUUUUUUGCCUAAUAGGAAACACAGGAACGUCCUCUACCACACUGAGUAAAGAACUUUUAAUGGCGUCCCGGUAGAGACAUCAAGAUGAACACGUUACCAUCAAUGGACCGGCACAUCCAGCAGACCAAUGACAGGCUGCAGUGCAUCAAACAGCACUUACAGAACCCGGCCAACUUCCACUCAGCAGCCACAGAGCUGCUCGACUGGUGUGGAGAUCCCCGGGCCUUCCAGCGACCUUUCGAGCAAAGUCUCAUGGGAUGUCUGACGGUGGUGAGUCGGGUCGCUGCUCAGCAGGGGUUUGACUUGGACCUGGGCUACAGGUUGCUGGCUGUGUGUGCUGCCAACAGGGACAAAUUCACUCCCAAGUCUGCAGCCCUGCUGUCGUCGUGGUGCGAGGAGCUGGGUCGUCUCCUCCUGCUGCGUCACCAGAAGAACAGGCAGAACGAACCGCAGGGAAAAGUCCCCAUGCAGCCCAGCAUGAACAGCAUGAAGCCCGGCCUCACACACAGUGAUGGAUCCUUUCCCUAUGACUCUGUCCCCUGGCAACAAAACACCAACCAGCCCCCUGGGUCAUUGUCUGUGGUUACAACAGUGUGGGGCGUGACCAAUACAUCACAGAGUCAGGUGCUAGGUAACCCAAUGGUGAAUAGCAAUAACCCCAUGAAUCCUGGAGGUAACCCAAUGGGAUCAGGUAUGUCUGCCAGCGCAGCAGGGCUCAACUCACCCCAGUUCACUGCUCAGCAGCAACAGUUUCCAAACAAAGGAGGCUCCAACCAACCGUACAUGCAGCAGGGCAUGUAUGGCAGGCCAGGCUACCCUGGAGGUCCUGGGGGAUACAGUGGGAGCUAUUCUGGAGGCCCAAACGCCCCUCCAGGAGGUAUGGGGAUGACUUCCCACACACGUCCUCCUGGUGACUUCACUCAGCCAGCAGCCGCUGCUGCAGCUGCUGCCGUCGCUGCCGCUGCUGCUACGGCAACAGCCACAGCAACGGCCACAGUGGCAGCUCUGCAGGAAACCAAUAAAGAUAUGAACCAGUAUGGACAGAUGUGUUCAUCGUUCCAAAUGGGCCCCACUCAGGCCUACAAUAGCCAGUUCAUGAACCAGCCAGGCCCACGAGGCCCCCCUGGAGGUAUGAAUCCAGCCAGCAUGGGAUCAGCCAUGAACAACCCUAAUAUGAGUGGGCCUCCCAUGGGCAUGAACCAGGCUCGAACCCCAGGCAUGGGGCCUUUUGGAGCUCACGGCCAAAGGAUGCCUCAGCAAGGGUAUCCCGGAGGACCUCGACAGGGCAUGCCCAUGCAGGGGAUAAAGAGGCCAUAUCCUGGAGAGGCAAGUUACGGGGGUCAGCAGUACGGGCCGAACAGUCAGUUCCCACCACAGCAGGGGCAGUACCCCACAUCAAACACCUCCAGGCCACUGCCAUCUCCUAACUACGCCGGCCAGAGGAUGCCAGGGCAGCAGGGACAAGGACAGUACCCACCUGGCAUGCCCAUGGGACAGUACUACAAGCAAGAGCCUUUCAAUGGUCAGAGCACCAACUUCUCUGGAGGUGGAUACUCCUACGGCCAAAGCAAUGGGCCCCCCAGGCCCGGUAACUACCCUCACUCCCCGGUCCCUGGAAACCCCACCCCUAUGACCCCAGGAAGUGGCAUUCCUCCGUACCUGUCGCCAAACCAGGAUGUGAAGCCCCCGUUUCCACCCGACAUGAAACCAAAUAUGACAGCACUACCGCCCCCUCCAACAAACCCCAAUGAAGAGUUGCGGCUGACAUUCCCAGUCAGGGAUGGAGUGGUGCUGGAGCCGUUCCGCUUGGAGCACAACCUGGCUGUCAGUAACCACGUCUUCCACCUUCGACCCUCCGUCCACCAGACCCUCAUGUGGAGGUCAGACCUUGAGCUGCAGUUCAAGUGCUACCACCACGAAGACAGGCAGAUGAACACCAACUGGCCCGCCUCCGUCCAGGUCAGCGUCAAUGCCACGCCCCUCACUAUCGAGAGGGGAGACAACAAAACCUCCCACAAACCCCUGCACCUGAAGCACGUAUGCCAACCUGGAAGAAACACCAUCCAAAUUACAGUCACCGCCUGCUGUUGUUCCCACCUGUUUGUGCUGCAGCUGGUCCACAGGCCAUCUGUGCGAUCUGUCCUCCAGGGGCUCCUGAAGAAAAGACUCCUUCCUGCAGAACACUGCAUCACCAAGAUUAAGAGGAACUUCAGCAGCGUGGCAGCGUCGGCAGGCAACACCACUCUUAACGGGGAAGAUGGUGUGGAGCAGACGGCCAUUAAAGUGUCGCUAAAAUGUCCCAUUACCUUUCGACGCAUCCAGCUACCGGCACGAGGGCAUGACUGCAAACAUGUCCAGUGCUUUGAUCUGGAGUCCUACUUGCAGCUCAACUGUGAGAGGGGGACAUGGAGGUGUCCUGUGUGCAAUAAAACAGCAUUAUUAGAAGGUCUGGAGGUGGACCAGUACAUGUGGGGAAUCCUCAAUGCCAUCCAAAAUUCAGAGUUUGAGGAGGUCACUAUAGACCCUACAUGUAGCUGGAGACCUGUUCCCAUUAAAUCUGAGCUACACAUCAAAGACGACCCUGAUGGACCGCUUGCCAAGCGCUUUAAGACCAUGAGCCCCAGUCAGAUGACCAUGCCCAAUGUGAUGGAGAUGAUCGCCCAGCUAGGGCCUGGCCCAGGACCUGGCCAUGGCCCCGGACCAGGUCCCAGCCCCUACCCCUCACACCCUGGUCAACAUGCUAGUGGCAACGGGGGAGAUUACCCUGGAGCAGGCAACAGUUACCACAGCCAAGGGAACUUUGACUUCCCUCACGGGAACCCUUCUGGUGGUGGAGUUGGAGGAGGUCCCCCUAUGAAUGACUUCAUCCAUGGCCCCCAGCUCUCCCACCCCCCAGAUGGACCUGGUGGUCUUCUCUCCCAGGACAAGCCCCUUCACCACGGCAUGAAUGAUGCAAUGUCCCAUCCCGAUCAGUCCCAUAACUCCAUGCAGCAGAUCUUGCAUGCGUCUCCCCACCCUGGCAGCCAAACAGGGCCACCCUUACAUCACAGUGGCCAGUCAGGGCAGCCCUUGCAUCACAGUGGCCAAUCAUCGCAGCCGCCUCGCCAGUCGCAGCCUCAGCCGCAGCCGCAGCCUCAGCAGCCUGGGCAGAACAGUCACCCCCACAGCGAUCUGAACUUUAACCCCUCCUCAGACGGGCAGAUGGGUCAGGGAGCCCAGGAUAUGCCUGAACCCUCCCUGGAUCUGCUUCCAGAGCUGGCCAACCCAGACGAGUUACUAUCAUACCUGGACCCCCCUGACCUUCCCGCCAACAGCAACGACGACCUUCUCUCCCUCUUCGAGAACAACUAGCCCUUCGCCUCCCCUACAAACCCUCUUGCACCUACAGGAGUCGCGAUGUGUUUGACUGUCCGUCCACAGACACUUCACCGACCUAACAACACUUCGAGCAGCUUCCUAUGCUCACGCACGCACACACAUACACAGUCUCUCAACAGAUAAUGUGUGGCAUAGGAGCACGGCUGAAAAGAGGCACCUGUCUGGGAACUCCAAGGGAGAAAGCAGGAACGCCACUCAUCCCCGCACUCCUUUUUUUCCUCAUGUAAAGAUUCCACGCACCAGUUCCACCGCCUGACUCGAAACACACUAUUUACAGCCAUGUUGGCGGGCACUAAAGUGAUAUUAUAUAUAUACAUAUAUGAUAUUUGUGACUUUUCAACUGAAAACUGUGCAGCUAUAAUCAUCAUGUGUAAACAACAAAGAGGAGAGACAGAGAAGUGUAGCUUUGUUUUUUUUAUUAUUAUUUUCCUUUUGUGAAAAAAAAACAUUGUCGUAAGAGUGUUUUUAACCUAUUUGAAACGUGUUCUUCCAUUACUUUAGCACAUGCCAUGCCCUUUGACCCCCAGACUUCUUAGUGUGUGUGUGUGUGUGUGUGUGAGAGAGAGAGAGAGAGAGAGAGAGAGAGAGAGAGAGAGAGAGAGUUGAAUUACUGGAACUCAUCAGAAUCAGAGCACUGAAAGGACGAGCUAAAACGUCCUCCAGUGUCAACAGAGGAAACGAGCGCACAUUGUGCAAUGUAGUGUGUAUAUACCUAUGUGUGUGUGUGUGUUUGCGUGUCCUCCUUUGUUUGCCUGCAAGCGUGUGUGAAAGACAGCAGGGGGAGAAGGUUCGAGACAGAGGAGGGAAGAAAAAUAUUGAAUGGAAGAAAGAUAAAACAAUCCACUUUAAGAGCUGCCUCAGUUCUUCUUCUCCAGCCAGUCUGCAGUUCUUCUUGUGUAUUUAUUGUAAUGUUUCGCUCUUCCUCAUCAAAUUCAGCACCAUUUUGUGCAUGUGUGCCAAUGGUUCCUGUUGUCUUUGUCUAGCCUAAUCGUGCUUGAUCAAAUCAUUUUCUCUGGUCUUUAUAUUUAUUAUUUUAUUUCAAAUCAAUCUGUUUUUUUAUUAUUGUUGUCCUUUUGUAUGUGUUUUAUCUUUGUCCCACAUUGAAAUUAAUCAGAUACACAUCACCAAAGCUAUCCUAUGCUUUUUGUAAGGGGUUGGGCCUGGAUAUUAUGUUGGUGUAAGAGCAGGAUUUCAACAUCCUACAGACGUCUACAGAAGUUUUUAAAUCACUGUAUUUUAUAGAAAAGUCUGUGUGAUUGUAUCUUUCCUUUUGUUGUUUUGUUACUGUUGAACUGCAUCUUUUUGGGAAAAACAUCCUGCAUGAUCCAACAGUGUUUCCAGAGCUGUUGUAUAUACCCUUUGUGAAUACUUUGUGACUGUACAGUACUGUACCUAUCUUACUGGCAACUACACGGUACUGUCUGUCAAGGACUACAAAAACACACACACUCACAAACACACACACACAGAAUCCCUUAUAUUCAGUCCAAUAUUGUAACAAAUUGAUCCAAGUGCACUCUCACUGGCCUUGUAUUGAGUACCUGUGUAUUGUGUACAGUUUUUUCACUACCCUGUGACAAUGCAUCAGUGAAAAGGAAUAUUUGAAUUGCUCAGCGGGCAAGUCUUAAGAGAGUUUUCUUUUCUUUUUAUAUAAAAAUCGAUCAGCUUUAAACGAGCUGUUUUUUCUGUCAAAAAGAUUGUUAAUGCAGCUUAGAGGUCCAAAUUUCUCCAAAAAAUGUAUUUGUUUAAUAUUAUUGGAACAUGUGACCUCAUCCUCUAUUUAAAGUGAGAAUGUGCAAAAUGUCCUCUAGAUUGUUUUGAGGCCUAAUGACAAGCUUUUGAUAACCAUACUUAGCAAAAAUGUGUGAACAUGAUUUGUGUAUUUUCAUCACAUUUUAUAUUGUUUCAAGUUUUAAGUUAUUAUUUUUGUGCCGUGUUUUUAUGACAGGUAUAAUUUGGUUUACACAGUUUUAUGCAGUACAGUCAUUAAAUUUAAAAUAUACUGUAUGUCGUUGGAUAAAAGUUCCCCCAUUUGAGAUUUGUAAUCCAUUUGAAAAACCAAAUAUCGCUUAACUGAUCUUCAAAAUUGAUCAAAUCACCUGCAUAUAACACAGCUGAAGGAUCAGAUGUUGUUUGUUUGUUUGUUUGUUUAUAUGUUUGUUAAAGACAAUGCAAUGCCGCAUUGGGAUGUUUUAUUUCCCUACACAGUGUGUAACUGUAACCGUUCACAAAAUCACUUCUAGUAAUUUGAGCAGACACAAAUUGUCUGAUUGCAGACAACAGAAAUUGAGUUGAGGAUUUAAAAGAGAAUGCAAUUAAUAUUGUAAAAUGAGUUAUGGAGGAGACCCCCUCCUAUCUGCAUUACAAGGGGAGGGUGUUGCAGAGGGUUGGGGUGGGGUUGUGGAUGAAAGGGAUACGUGUAUAUAAUGUAAAUGACAAAUAGAGACACGUUAACAGAAAUGUAUUCAUUUUCUCCAGGGGGAGUGUGCAUAGUGUAUUUAGAAUUUGUAAAGCUUCCAUCCUCCUGUCAGACAUUGAAUUGGCAAAUGAGUCUGUGUUUGAUUGCGUCUGUGCAGACCUCUCUAACCACGCCUGUUCAUUUAUGUAAGAUACUUUAUGUACCCCUCCACGUGGGGUUUCCAAGAAAAAACGACAUUUUUCCUUUGUGUAAUAUUAAACUUAUGUGUAUUUCUCUAUUACCUGUGUACUUUAUAAAGGUGCUACAAAAUUAUUCAAACCUUUUGAGGUAUAAUUGGGACUUGGAGACACUGAGCUUUGAGUGGCUCUUAAGGGUUGUUUCCAAAUUUACAGUUUGUAAAAAAAAAUAAUUGUCAUUUAUAAUUUUUAUGCAAUUUGGCAAAAUAUGCUAUAAAGGUACAAUCUGAAGUGAUUGGCACAACAAGUGGCAGUUGUCUCUUUGGUUUUGUACAUUCUAUGUACAAUCAUUUCAUAUUCUAAACUGGUCAGAAAACAUUGUGAUUUUUAGUCUUGCAAAUCUGUAUGUAGUUAGAUGACGUGACAUCCUAAUAUUUAUCUAAUAAAUAUGUAUUCAGAUGAAACACAA